ACAAGAGCCAUCAUGUCGGUGUCGCUGGACCAGUCGGCGGAUGCUGAGUUCCUGCGCUUCGUGGCGCGUUUCUGCGGCGUCAACCUCGGCUCGGCUGCAUCAGGCCGCCUGCGUGUCCGUCUGGGCAAGACCACGGAACUGUACGAGCCCUCGACGAUCGCCAAGUACCUCGCGCGCUUGGCCGAUCGCGAACAUGAACUGCUGGGCCAGACGCCUUUCGAGCGCGCUCAGGUAGCCAUGUGGCUCGACUUCGCGCGUGGCAUCCAGCGCUGCCCUCCUUCCGCCGCACCUAUUCACUGGCAGGUUCUGGAAGCCUCGCUGCAGCAGAAAACCUACCUGGCAGCCAACCGGGUGACACUCGCGGACGCUGCGCUCUUCUACACGCUCUACACAGCCGUGAAAAGCUUCUCGCCGGCACAGCGCGACCAGUUCGCCAACCUCGUUCGCUGGUUCGACCAGGUGCAGCACACGGUGGGCGUGCGGGGCUUUCGUAACUUCGACGUCAUCGACCUCGCGCCCAAGCCCAUCGCCUUCACGGCCUAGGAAGAAACAACGACAGGAGGUUCAAGUAGAUGCAGAGACAGCAAUGGACACAACAGAGCUUAAUCUGCAAUAAUAGGCACGGGUAUCCCGUUGCUCUUAGUUAUGAGCGCUACGCUGAUGAAUCAAAAUGUGUAUAUAGCUCUAUUCUCAUGGACACGGUUGGAGAUCUACUUGGUC